CAUUUGGCCCCUGCCGUAUUGUACAUACAUUAGUAACAUUGAACCCUGUUGGGUUCUCAUUAAAGUCUUAUCGAUACAGUGGAACGGGCUUUGGCACGUCUAUGGAAACUUCACGCGCCGGAGCUAGCACUAGAACCCGCGCCAGAACUUACUACAUCAUCUACAUCAUCCACUUCUAUCGCACCUAGUCGCAUGAUUCUAGCACUCUAGAUCUGCUUGCCCAUUCCAACUGCUAUGCCUAUGUGCAUAUCGGACAACUUUUUUCAAGCUGUCUUUCAUUUUGGAGUUCAUCUUCUUUCUGUAGGAAGCAUUCAUUCAUAAGCCUUCUUCGUAGUCACCACCAAAGAAUACCGAACUUUCACCUCCUUACCUUUGUUACCCUUUUCCCUGCCCGAAUUUUUCCCAAGUGCCUACCUACAUCCUUAUUAUUUUAACUCUGGAGAUAUUCAAGAUCCCAAGUUCCCCUUCCCUAAUACAAUUGAAGGCCCAGAUCCAUAUCCAGGCGAUAAACAGAAUCUCCACUCGAUAAUCAACCUUCUUCCGAAUUCUGUUCUCCCUUUCCUCGACGGUCUCCCACCGCUUUUCAGAUCAGUCUCGCGGCGACAUGCGCCAUACGAACCAACAUGUCUGUUGACAAUUUGCUCGAAACCGCGUUCAGCAAACUCCGCGAAUUCCCGUCCGAAUGUCAUCUAUGUUGCCCGAGGAUCUCGGAGGAGGAUGACGAGCUCUACGAUGAUCUAGACGCCCCGAGUAAAAUCAGCAUUGCUGAGAAAAAACAACGAUUGGAAGACGGAGAUGAUAGAUUGAAUCAGACCUAUGUCUGUUCACUAAUAUUAGGCCUUCCAGAGGGCCCGCUAAGCCAUGAAUUCAAGGAACGGACCAAUGCGUGCCUCAAGUCUUGUGCCACUUGUGUACGCAACUGGCACAAGGGACGGAAGCCUUUUCUCAAAGACAUUGCUCAGAGCUAUGAUGACACUGUCGUGUCCCAGAUGGAAGCACGUCUAAACCAAUUCGACUUUGUCCGCAUUACCGAAGGCCUCGAGGGCGCUGCCGAGUUCAUCAAAGCCCACAAUGGCAUAGCUGGCCAGAGCACUUUCCUUAAAGAGGAUAGAGAGGGACUUCUUAUCGCCCUUUACGAAUCUAUAUGUUGCAUGCCCUAUCUGAGUCUUCCCGAGAACCGAAAGCAGUUUAAUUACGUUUUCGAAUCCAUCCAGAGACGCAAAAUACUCAAGUUAGAUGAGGUCUUACCCACGAUCACCUACUUUCUUUUCGAGGAGGACGAAACGCGCAAUAAGUUCGCCGUCCACACAUUCUCCAGGCAGCAUACUAUCACUGCCGAGGAUUUCGAGUGGUCCAUCCACGACAACCUUGCCGAUGCCAUCCAGAAAGCAAAUGAUGGCAGUGUGUCUCCCCAGUAUCUACUUCGAUUCUGGCCAGCUUUUUUGCAUAUUCUGAAUGUUCUCGAUGAGAAUCUCGUUAUUCAUUCCUUGCGGGGCAUGGCCAUUCAACCCAACAUAUAUGACUUGAUGAUUGCCCAGAUACCGCGAAUGAGUUCAGUUCCCAUCUUAAAACUGAUACUCAAGGCCUUUUGUGCGCUCAUAAAGAAGUCCCCCAAGGCUUUUUGGGAUGCGUACAGCCACUACUCACAUACAGCCGUUGCCCAACAGAUAUUUGGUAGUCCCGCCUUCCAGCCAUUGCUUUCGCAGUCUGGAGAACAUGAGAUGAUACUAGAUGGUCCUGCUGCCAUAUCUUGGGUUAAACCUUUCGUAGAAUCAGUUCCCACGCACCAGAAGAGUGAUGUCUGUGAUUCGCUUCUGCAUCAUUUCCUUCAGACCUAUGCCCAAGGCUCUAGUAUGACACCUGGGGGUAAGGUGGCUUGUUCUCUUGCCGCAGUUGAGACCUUGUCGGCGACUUUAGAAGCUUUUGCUUCCCCCAGUUAUAAGCUUCAUGCAGGCUCUUCUACUAUCCACACUAAUCCGAUUCUGAACCUGGCAUUGAAAUAUAAAGAUCUGAUCAUCCAGCUGGCGCAGCUUCCCUCGGAUGACCAGCGUAAUGCGACUAUGGUACACGCAGGUCUAUCCGUAGUGAAAUUUGGCCUAGCUUUGGACUCCCGUAUCACCGUCGAGGAGUUUAAUGCACUUCAGAAUAGCGAUAGCCAUGUCCAGCGGGAGGUCAAACGUAACUCGUCAGGUCUUUGGGAAGCAUUCCUGGAACUCCUCCAGCCUGGUGCAGAUGAGAUUGCCAAGGCAAUGCUGAUUGCCACCCGCCCGUUGAUCGCCGUGGAAGUGUUCCGCCCACCAAAGAGGCAAGAAUUAUCCGCAACAAAGAGGGAAUUCAAUACCGAAUUUCAGAAAACGACCGAGGUCAUAGGGCGAAUGAUCGAGAGAUUCGGCGACUUCAGCGAAGCUACACUGAGAAAAUUCUGCCUAGAUCCUUCUACGAUCCUACCUAUUGUGGCAUCUCUUGUCCACGGCGAAGAGAACAUAAGCCAGGCCGGAGCCUCCUUCAUCAAGACAGUCACCAACGAGAUGAGGAGAACAGAUGCUGUACAGCAAUUACUUCAAAGUUACUUCAGUCUCACUUUGUCCUCUUAUACAGCAGUUGUUACCGAAAUUACCGGGAGGAAAUCCCUUUGGUCGCCCCAGUUCAACAUCAUUCGCUAUUCGAGAGAUAUUCUCAGUAGUCUCUGCGACCCGUCAUCUGGUAUUCUGCGUUCAAAGUCCUUGAAUAAUGCAGAGCGUGAGGUACUCGGAUCCUGGUGGAAUGCGCAAUGGGUUUUCCUCGACAACGCCUUUCAUCAAACAGAAGGCUGGAGCUAUCUUAUCGAGAUGGAAUCCAUGAAAAACUUCUGUCGAGAGGCCAUGGAACUCGCUGAGGAUCUCUUAGCCCAGGAUGGCCUUUUGGCCUCUGCACUAAGCCCCCAGUCUGCGGUCUCUAACAUAGCCGAUGAUGGCGAGCAAGUCGAUAAGCAAGCCAUGAAAGAUAUUCUGGAGCAGCCUCGAAAAUAUUGUAUGGGACUUUGCAAGAUGCUCCGUCUGAAGGAUCACUAUCUUGUCACGGUCAUUGUCAAUGUCCUCGGCAAACUGCUGAGGCGCCUGGUUGAGUUUGAUAUGGAACUCCCCCCUCAACCCCUCGCGUUCGUGAAGAAUACUUGCGUAAAAAGGCCAGAUGGACGAUAUAGCACUCAAACGAACAUGGACGACCGUCAACGGGCUGAGUUGAUACGAGCUUUGGGUGAAGAUACUCAAGAAGAUGACCUCCAGAUCAUCUCAAUCAAGAAAGUCGAGCCUGUCAAGAAACAGACGAAGAUUGACGCUUGGUCAAAGUCGGCGGACGAUGUAUCCAGCGAGCCCAGAGCGCCUAAUAAGAGCGUUGUAGGAAAGAGGCCCAGCAGUGAUAUUUCUGAGAUGCUCAAAGCCUCUUCUUCAACCCAAAGCCAGGCUAUUUUGCAAAAACUCAAAUCUCGCAAGCCAGAGCCCAAACCCGGAGUCAAUGCGGGAGCACUCAUGCGUGAGAAGCGACAGAGGGAAGCUGAAGAAAAACGGAAACGAGAUGCCGAAACAAUUGCUCGGGCAAGAGCCCUGCGAAAUAAUAAGCCGUUGGUCACGGGUGAGGGAUCCGGUCUUCAGGGGCUUUCUGGUGUUCAGGGUAAGGACCAUGCACCACAAAAGAGUGAGAUCAUGGUCAAUUCAUCAUCCGAAGACGAGGACGAUUCGGAUAGCGACGAUGCUGAUUUCUUGGCCCGGACUGCCACGGGACAGAAAGGUACGUCCAAAGGGGCGCAGUCCAUGAAGCCCGCUCCGCGCCUCCCGGUGAAGAAGAUGAAGAUUCAGCGUUCAGCCAAGGAUAUGCGAGCGCGUCUAAUCCCCCCGAUGGACGUUUUGCAUCAAGCUAUUCUUGAAUGGGAUAUCUUUCAUGAAGGUAACGAUCCACCAAAUGGUAUAAAAUGCUCCAAAGUUUCAGACACUUAUGGCGAUCCACGAGAAUACAAGGAGACCUUCUUGCCGCUGUUGAUAUAUGAGGCGUGGAGGUCAUUCGUGACAGCCAAGGAUGAAACAACAUCAAAGCCCUUCGAAAUUAAAGUCAUCAAUCGUAUGAACGUUGACAAGUUCGUUGAGGUUAGCACAGCAAUGCCGAUAGCUGAAAGCAAGGACAAGUUUCUAUCGGAAGGAGAUAUUAUUUUAUUUUCUGAAGCUUCUAACCCGCUAGAAUCUCCGAACGCAUUGCAUUGUCUUGCUCGUAUCUGGCGCACUCAGUACAAGAAUGGUAGUCUGGAAGUUCAAUAUCGGUUAAGUGGCCGGGCCGGCGGCAUCCUGUCUAAGAUGGUGCCACAGGCCGUAUUGCAUACCGUUAAGAUCACCAACAUGACUACUAUCGAACGUGAAUAUGCCUCGUUAGAAAGUCUCCAGUACUACGAUCUAAUGCCGGAGGUUCUCGAGGCCAAGCCUUCACCUAUGCUCAAAUUUAGUCCGGAGGCCGUACAGAGCAUCAUGGAAAAUUAUGAGCUGAAUACUGGCCAGGCUAAGGCAAUUCUGAAUGCAAAGGAGAAUGAUGCAUUCACGCUAGUCCAGGGUCCCCCCGGAACUGGCAAAACAAAAACGAUCGUAGCCAUGGUCGGUGCCUUGCUUACUGGUCACUUCUCUAACACGAGCGGUACUGCUACUGCUAUUAAAGGGCCAGGAGGAUCACAUGCAAUGAGUAGUAACAAAGGUAUGGCCAAGAAGUUACUUGUUUGUGCUCCAAGUAACGCUGCCGUCGACGAGAUAGUCCUGCGUCUCAAAAAAGGGGUCAAGUCUACCACUGGAUCUACGCACAAGAUCAACGUACUACGUCUUGGUCGCAGCGAUGCCAUCAAUGCUGCGGUCAGGGAUGUCACUUUGGACGAAAUGGUCAAGGCACGUGUAGAAGGCGCCGCAGGCCAGAAUGGAGGCCCCAGUUCCCGAGAUCUGAUGCACAAGGAAGCCGGUCAGAUCAAGCAGGAAUUGGCUGAUCUACGACCACAGUUGGAAGCCUCGAGACUAGUUGAAGACCGCACGCAGACAAAUCAACUGCAGAGGAAGUUUGACGAGUUAAAACGUCGGCAGGCUCAGAUUGGCGCAAAGAUCGACGCAGAUAAAGACAGUGGAAACACUGCUGCAAGGGAAAGUGAGAUUCGACGACGUCAAAUCCAGCAAGAGAUCCUCAACACUUCGCAAGUCCUCUGCGCCACGCUCAGUGGUAGUGGACACGAGAUGUUCAAGAAUCUGCAAGUUGAGUUCGAAACGGUGAUUAUCGACGAAGCUGCCCAGUGUGUCGAACUCAGCGCACUAAUCCCAUUGAAAUAUGGCUGCUCUAAAUGUAUCCUUGUCGGUGAUCCAAAACAACUUCCGCCAACGGUGUUGUCUCAGUCCGCUGCACGUUACGGAUACGACCAGAGUCUUUUCGUUCGUAUGCAGCGCAACCACCCCGAUGAUGUUCAUCUCCUCGAUACCCAGUAUCGUAUGCAUCCAGAGAUUAGUCUGUUCCCGAGCCAGGAAUUCUAUGAACGACGUCUACUUGAUGGUGACAACAUGAUGAAAUUGCGUUACCAACCGUGGCACCAGAAUCCACUGUUGGGUCCAUAUCGCUUCUUCGAUGUGAAGGGUAUCCAAGAGAGAGGUCGUAAGGGUCAGUCACUUGUCAACCACCAGGAGUUGAAUGUCGCUAUGCAACUAUAUGAGAGGUUAUCGUCGGAUUACCACCAGACGGACCUAAAGGGGAAAAUCGGAAUCAUCACUCCCUACAAAGCCCAAUUGUUCGAGCUUCGUGAUCAAUUUUCUCGUCGUUAUGGAGAAGGAAUCAAGGAACAGAUCGAGUUCAACACCACGGAUGCUUUCCAGGGUCGUGAGUGCGAGAUCAUCAUCUUCUCCUGUGUCCGAGCGAGCCCGACAGGAGGUAUUGGUUUCAUGACAGAUAUUCGGCGUAUGAACGUCGGUUUGACCCGUGCGAAGUCUUCGCUUUACAUUCUCGGAGACUCAAGGGCUCUCGUCCAGGGAGAGUUCUGGAACAAACUCAUCGAGGAUGCCAAAGUCCGUGACCGUUACACCACCGGCGAUGUCCUCUCUCUUCUUAGAAAGCCCGGCCCCAGAUUGCCACCUACGAUUUCGUCGGCUCCAGCGCCACCCUCUAUUACUCCCAACUAUAGCCAGCCUCCGAUUGUCCCGCGUAGAGACAAUGAUGGCGAGGAUGUGGUGAUGGAGGAUGCUCCGCCCAUAAAUCGAAUACCUAAUAAGCACCAAACGCCUCAAUUACCGCAGAAAUACACUCUCCUUUCCCGGCCAGAGCCAAGAUAUCCGAUACCCAACAAUAGUUUUGGUGGUAUCAAUGAACGCGGUGAAAUUGCCACUCCCAUUAUAUCGUCUGAACGUCCCGUAAUCCAUACCUCGGGACAAAAGCGAACUAGAGAAGGUGCCGAUGAAGCCAACAAACCGGCGAAGAGGGUUAUCAGUGCAAGCACGUCAAGGCCGGCGCCGAUGCCACCCACUGGCCCCCGAGCCAUGAUGCAGCCAAGAGACCAGCCAUCCUCGUCUACAAGCAACAAUCCACCUUUUCCACUGAAUGCCCCUAGCGGCCCAUCCGGCCAAGUACCUAAACCACUUCCAAGAAGGAGGCCACCUACUUCUUCUGAUCCAUUCAUCAAACGUAAACCGCCGAAUAGACCUCGAUAGAAAAACUGUUCGAUCAGUGAUACAUCAUUUGUGUUUCAGCACAUUCAUUGUUGUAGAGGGAGGCAGGCGUCAUGAGGUAUCAUUUACAUUUGCAUUGACAUUGCAGUACCGUAGCACGUUACGAUACAUGUUUUCUCCCCCAACUCUUUUCCGGAAAAGAAAAGAGCUUAAUUCGGUUGGCUUCACGCGGUUGAUACCCAGGUUCUCGUAUCUAAUGUAAUGGCAAAAGGCAGGCAGGCAGGAAUUCACGAAGGGAAUGGAAGGGAAAGCUUAACGUAAGUACCGUGCCUACAUAACCUAGUAGUUAGGUGGCUACCUAGCUUACCUAGGAUACGGUUACGGUUACGGUUACGGUCACAUCCAUGAUGAUUUCUUUUUCUAGAACUCUUCUCUCUCUCUCUCUCCUUUCUUCAACAACGGGAGAUAGAUACAUGAGAUACGAUCGGUUAGAUAGCUAGUAGGUACACACGUAUGUACGUACGUACGUAAGGCGUAGGUUUCGACUUCGCCAAAGAAGAUUAAUUACGAUGAAUGGAGAAUCACGCGGACUACAGAUUAUAGCCGGGCCUGCAUAGGUAGGUAAGUAUGACUCCGUAUGGCCGCUCGGCCAGUUCUUCUUCUGUUGAUGUGAUGUUACUUGGAUGCAAUUUAUGUCCUGUCACCCACCGUAAGCUAGGUAUGGCAUUCGUUAUAGGUAAAUGAAUUGCCCAAGGGAGUAUACAUAAGUGAAUGGAAUGGUAUAUCACC